CCCCAUCCACUCUACUCCAUUACAUGCACCCCGGUUCAAAUUCCUGAGCCCACCGGACGUGUAUAAAUAUAUCCACUCAACUUGCCGGAAGUUCUUGGUAUUCACCAAUAACCUCUCCUCCCUCCCUCAAGUCUCAUUGAAGCAAUUGGCUCCGAGGUCUAAUGGCUGGGAUUGCCUUUGGCCGCUGGGAUGACUCCUUCAGCGUUAAUUCCCUGAAGGCCUACCUCGCCGAGUUCAUAUCGACCCUUCUCUUCGUCUUUGCCGGGGUUGGAUCAGCCAUAGCUUACAACAAGUUGACAUCAGGUUCAGCUCUUGAUCCCACCGGACUCGUCGCGGUGGCUAUCUGCCACGGUUUUGCACUCUUCGUGGCCGUGUCGAUCGCCGCUAACAUCUCCGGUGGACAUGUCAACCCGGCGGUCACCUUUGGAUUGGCUCUCGGGGGACAAAUCACUAUUCUCACCGGCAUCUUGUAUUGGAUCGCACAAUUGCUUGGUGCUAUCGUGGGAGCUUUUCUCAUUAAACUGGUCACCGGAAUGGCUACUCCUACCCAUGGCCUGGCAGCAGGAGUGGGAGCCGUUGAGGGAGUGGUGAUGGAGAUAGUCACCACCUUCGCGCUCGUGUACACCGUCUACGCGACCGCCGCUGACCCGAAGAAGGGCUCGCUUGGCACCAUUGCUCCAAUCGCCAUUGGUUUCAUCGUGGGUGCUAACAUCCUCGCAGCAGGCCCAUUCUCGGGUGGAUCCAUGAACCCAGCCCGGUCCUUUGGGCCCGCGGUUGCUAGCGGCGACUUCACCGACAACUGGAUCUACUGGGUCGGCCCCCUUGUUGGCGGUGGGCUGGCCGGCCUGCUCUACACCUAUGCGUUCAUGUGCUCGGACCAUGCGCCGGUCGCCAGCAGCGAGUACUGAGGCCACCUCCAUGAUGAGGCCUUUGGGAGUACAUCCGUUGGGUCGUCGAGUCACUUUGGUUCGUUUUGUUUUGUGAUUAGCUGUAAAGCUGGGAGACUUUUGAUGUUGUUUCACGGUUUGUAGCGUGAUGGAUGUGGAGCCGCUGCUUUAUUUAUUGGUGUCAGCUUUUCUGUUGAACUGUUCAACCUCAUCUCUUUUUUUUUUAUAACUCGAUCCUCCUUUUCUCGAUUGCUCCCUGUGGGUAUUGUGAUGGCAAAAUACGCUGCUAUGGCCAAGACUUGCAAGUUGUCAAUGCAACCUUGUUUAAUAUUUAUAAAUAUUGAUAUUUUGA